UGCCUGUUUAGCCACAAGCGGGUCUGGCUCCGAUACAUGCACUUUCUGCUACAACGGGAAAUGUAUCCAUAUUGACGGCUUAUGACGUUCAGCAUAGCGGCAGUGCCGUAAAACGCUAUGUGGGGUACGUAUGCGCGGACGUGCGACUUGCAAAUCGGGUAGGAGCUACUGAUCAAGCAGUGAUAUUGACACAGCUUUGCAGGUUCAGACUUUUGAAGGCAACAAUGAUUAUCCUGUUGGUCAAGACUGCACACACACCCCUGGCCCUGCAGAUUGCCGCACCAAAAGCAAGCGCUAGACCGUUCUGGGGUUGGUUAAACGCCGUUUUCAACAAAGUGGAUUAUGAUCGAAUUAAGAAAGUGGGUCCAGACCGUGCAGCAUCAGAAUGGCUAUUGCGAUGUGGAGCUAAAGUAAGGUAUCAGGGUUUUGAUCGCUGGCAGCAGGACUACAAUGGGUUGCCCACUGGCCCUUUGGGCAGAUACAAGAUUGAGGCCAUUGAUGCUACAGAGUCUUGUAUCAUGUACCGGGGAUUUGACCAUUUGGAUGGUCUGAAAUACUUAGAGGAGAUACGGUUUAACAAGUGUGUUUAUAUGGAAGAUACUUGUUUAGAGAGACUGAGCAAAAUUGAAAACCUACAGUGCAGUCUACGUAAAAUGGAGCUCAUCUCGUGUGGCAAUGUGACUGACAGAGGCAUCAUUGCCCUGCACAAACUCAGAAACCUGGAGCACCUGUUUCUCAAGGACCUUCCAGGGGUGAAGGAGAAGAUGACCAUAAGGACACUGCAGACAGCUCUUCCCAAGUUGAAUAUUAUGGAGGAACUGUUGUGAUCUUUCAGUGUAAUCAGUUUUUAAGCUGAAACACUUCAUAGGGGCUGCUGAUCAUGGACAAAUAAAAUGCUCUGUAUUACUAGUUCUUUGAAGUACUCCCUAUGAAAGGGAGUAAACAAAAUGUAGAAACUGUAAUUCACUUAAGGAUAUGGUAUUUCAUCAACAAUAUGGGAAAGAGGAUGGAAUAAAUGGCGGCAGUCAAGAAAAUCUCACUUUUUGUCAGUAUUAUAUUGCUUUUUCAGAUCAGGGUAAAAACAAUUCACUGUCCAGUUUCAAAGCUAAAAACAAGCUUGUGAAUGAUUUGAAUUUACUAAAAUGAAUUUAUCAUUUAAGUCUUUGGGCCUGUAGCCCAUACGUUUCCUAGCCAUUGUCACAGUCCAUUUUUAUUUACUCUAAUACACAUAAUCAUAGUGUUUUCGUAAAGGAAUUCCUCUGAUUAAAAAAACCGUUCAAAUGUUUGGGAAUGUUAACAAGACAAUAUUCAUAAUUUCCCAAUAUGCUGCAACUGAUAGAGCAGAGAAUUGCUGGAACCACAAAUCCUAAUAAAAUGGACAUAUUAUUCUGA